CAGAAAGCAGGGGCCGAUUGGGUUUCUCUCCCAAUUCUCUCCUCCUCCGCUUAUGUGCGCCUGUCUCCCUCCCACUGGCCUAGACUCUGGUAGGGUCAGGUUGCUCUGAACCAGCACCAUUCAGUGCAGGUCACAGACGACAAACGCUGGUUAUGCUGCAGGCUCGGUGUCUCAUAUUGACCUGGUAGAUAUUGGCUCUUCCUGACAAUACUUCAUAUUUUAUUAUAUCAUUUGGAAGUGUGUUGGCAGUGUUAUACCUCACUCUAUGUUGGAGUCAGACCAGCUAAGCUACAGGUGUGCUCAGAGACUGUCUGGUCUAUUCAUUAUGGGUCACAACCUGUGGCCACAUGAGCUCUUUUGCAGCACCUGACCAAACAAUCCCGGCUGUGGAAGCCCCAUUGAGUGUAAUUAUCUGUAAUUUUCUCCUUUGUGAGCAGCCCGCCUCUAUUUGAUGUCUUUUGCAGUGAUUCCCUCUCUUAUCAUUUAUCAAACGCCUGUUUUGUUUUCAUGUUUUUUUUCCCCCCAAGACUGCUUGUCAUCAUUGGGUUACCCCCCGACCUCUGCCUUUAUUAAACAACAUGCAUAUUCAUGAGACGGAGGGCCACUUAUUUAGUGGCUUAAAUUAGAGGCCCACCAAUCCACAUGUCUGUCUGGGUGAAAUGAAUAAAAUCUCACUGCUAAUGGGGUACUACAUGUAAAUGUGUACAUUUAAGACAUAAAUCCAAUCUAUACUUGUACAAUGAAUCAACUAAUUUUUAUGUUUGAUCUUCUGCAUCGCUGUGACUGAAAGGCGGCCUUUUCUCAGUUUCCAUCCUACAUUUUUCUGACAGACUGGAUUAAUAUUUUAUAAGGAGGAUAUUGUAAUCCCACCAGAAACAUGGGCAUUACAAGAGGAUGAGUGUGGGGUGCCAAAAAAAAAAAAAGAAAAGAAAAAUCAGAUCUCCCCUAUCUAUUCUUAGUCUGAAACAUGAAGUUGCUGAACCUGCUGUAGGACCAACAAGCUGUCAGAACUUCAUAGCUUUUUCAGAGUUCCUGCAGGUUUACUGUAGGUCUCCUGCCAUUCAAGCUCUUAUGCAGUGCACAUUUCAUUUCCGACCCCUGCUUAGUUUUCCUGAAACUGGACGCCGGGGCUGAUUAAUAAAACAUCCAUUGUGUGCUGCUGGCUGAUCACCGGAGCCUUUUCAGCUGUAUAAGUGGUGAAAGGCGACAUAAUCUGGACUGAGAUUGAGAAGAGACACAGACAACAGAGAGAGGCACACAGCAGGAGGACCACAAAAAGCCUUUGGGAGCAGCAUGUUAAAACCCCAGCAGCACGGUGAGCCAGUGCUGCGCGACUCCCCGCCUGUUUUCGGGAAGCCGUGGUACUGGCAACGCAGCAGCAGCACCAUGGAGAGCACCCGCAGCCUGGCGCAGGUCAUCAUGGAGAUGCGCGAUGAAAUCAAGAAGCUGGAGGCGGAGAACCGCGAGCUGCGAGGGGACUACCCUCAGCGGACAUUGGGGACCGUGUUAGGGGAAGCCAGCUCGGUGUCUUCAGCAGCAGAGCAGCGGGCAGGGAUGGAGGAAAACCCCUAUGUCAACCUGCGACGAAAUGUGUCUGCACCUGUCCUGGAGGGACAAUACAAGGAGAACAAUAUCAUGACUGUCCGGAGGUACUCUAUAAGCUCCAACCUGUCUGGGGUGACUAUGAGAGAGGGAAGGACAGACAGGUCGAGACAGAGUGACUCUGGAUGGGGAAGACUGCAAGAAGAAAUCCAGCAUGGGAAUGGUAUCUUUGGUAACCCAGCUAGAGGAGACGUGGGAAAAGUUACCAACAGGCACUCCCUGCAGGAAUACGUCCACAAAAACAGGGCCAAGGUAAAAACUGUCACCUUCCUGCUACCUGUGGAUGACAUUUACACCAACCGUCCAGUUCUGACCAAACACCAGGAGGAGCCGAAAAUCACUGAGCUGGCCUCCAUAACUGAGACAGAUUCUUAAAAGAACUUCUAAACACUUUUGGAUGUGGCCAUGGCACAAAAUGCAGACACGACAUGAACUGAGCCUUUGUGGCCAGAACCAGGUUAAGCCUCUUCAUCUAGGUCAGUGUAGACUGGGCUCUCAGUGAGUCAGCCAGCAGACCGAUUUUUAUCACACCUAACCACACAAACAGAGGACUCUGGUUACAGGGGUUGUUUUCAUCUGGCCAUGGCGAUCCAGGCCUGGCCAACAGUGAUGAGACACGGGGCCCUCUGCGGCGAGGAUCAGAUGUCUGGACUCCUCUUCCUGACCUGUGGUGUCAUUUUGGAGUGAGACAUACACUUGCAGGUGACAGCGCUUUUUACAGACAGUUGUGGUCACCUGACUCAGGCCUCGUGAGCAACAUAGGACUCAUUAUUUAUUCAUCUUUUGUUUCUUUUCACUAUGUAAAAUUGAAAUGGGUAGUCGAGGGGCCAUGUGUGUGUUUAGACAUGUGACCUGUUUCAUGUCAGUGUUCAUAAAGAGUGUAUUUUCUUUUUAGUCUAAAUCACACACUAUAGACUCUGCUUUCAUGUUUGGAAGGCUCCUUGUAAGUAAACCAGUGUGUGGCAUAUUUAUAUGAAACGUAGGCACCUUUAACAGUCGUUGUAAGCUAUUACCUGUGACAUAUGCAGUGUUAUGUAUCUGACAGGUUUUGAGAAGCUCAUUUAGUGUUACAAUUAUGUUUCACUCUAGUGGAUCAGUUUAAAAUUUCUAAAUGAUACAGUAAUAUAUAAGUAAUGUAGGUAUUUAUAAGGCUGGAUAUACAGUUCCAUUUAAUUUUGUGAGAAUUAGCUGAAACUCAGGUGCCUGCACACUUAGGUAUUAGCCAAAAUGUUUUCUGCAUUAUAAAAGCAUAAUCAUACAACAAAUGAACUUCACUUUGAACCAAUUUUUACUUUGAGUGCAAACCACUUAACCUGUUGUUGGAUGAACUGCAGAUUUUUUGCUGGAUGGAAUGCACCUGAUAAAA